AUGGAAGAGAAAAGUGUCAUAUUUUCUAUGAAUUUGGAGUUCUUGAUCUACCCGAACAAUCCUUUAACAUUUUUUAUACAGGAGAACUUUCCGAUGCUGGAACCCUACCGGAAACGGAUCAUCAAAUUGGCUAGAUUGGUUUAUUUUUAUAUUUACUCAUUCAUUUUUCUACAAAAUCAAGAGACCUUGAAUUGGAGGCAGGUACCUGCUCACGUUAGAAGAAUGGUCGUGCAGAAGUUGGAUAAAAGUACUAGAGCUACCCUCCGCCAAUGCUCUAAACACGACCGCGAUCUAGUUGACUCAUCGCCAACCAUCCACCUGGAUACUGUGGAAAUAUUCGUUACAAAGAAUUAUGUGUCCAUCUUGAUUCCAGAGAUCCAAAGUUCAAGUUUCAUUCAAAUGUUCAGUAGAUUGGAACCAUUGGUGGGGCUUUUGAGGAGAACUCGAAUCAAGAAUCUAAAAAUCGAGAGCUAUGAUUCGAACCAUGUUGGAGAGCUCUUUAACCGAAUUUCCACUUUGGAUUUUAAUCUCACGAUUCUCGCAAAAUUUAUCAGUUGGAAUUGUAGAACUGAAACGAGUCGAGAGCUCAGGAAGUUUUUGUCAAUUUUGGAUCGAAAAUGUUUGAGAGAGAUCCAUGUGAAGGAUGCGUUUUUGAUGAAUUUGGACUUAUUGAUGGAGACCUCGAAAUGGAAAUUGAUCAAGAAUAUGUACAAUCAAGAUGAUGUUUUCUUGGAAGUUGAGAAGAAUUUCCUAUUGAAAAAAGUUCUUUUGAAGAUUUAUACACUUAAUGAGUAUAAUACAUUGGAAUUGGCGGAGAAAUUCGAAAUCGGCGAUGAAAACCUAUUUGAAAACUGUGAAAAUGAUCAAGUUUACACAUUUCAAGAGCUUUCUGGAACACUCGAUAGAGUACUUGAAGUUCUAGAAUUUUUCUGCCAAAUUUUCAAAAAUCGAGAAACCAACAUCAAAUGGCUGGAAAUCGAAUGCUCUAACAACAAAGAAGCUGUUUCUAAACUAAAUUUAAUUUUACUGGAAGCUCAAAAUUCUGCAACAAAUCGAAUUAAAAUUCAAAACAUUUUUUGGAAUCAAGGAAGUUUUUCGGAACUUUCUUGUCAACUUUUACUUGAAUUAGUCCUGAUGGAGCAUUUGGAAUCAUUGAAUUUCUUCAUGGAAUCUAGUGAAAAAAUCAAUUGGUUAUUGGAAAAGACUAAGGAGAAAAAGAGAUUUUUAUAUUCUACAAAUUUUGUAGAUGGAAGAAUUCGAACACUGGAAACAUAUCAGUUGAAAUGUGAAGAGCUGAAAUGGGAAAACGUUGAAAAUAUGAUCGAGAACUGCCAAACCUGGCCAAUAAAUCUUCUCCAAAAGCAACGAUUUCCUGAAAAAACGUACUUUCAAGUCUAUGGGAAUAUCUCGGAAAAUAUAAUGAGAGAUCUGAAACAUCUCUCAUCCUUUGAUUCUGAAAACGGAUCAGUGCUCAUUUUCAAUACUUGUGACACCACCAAACAACUGCGUAUAACGUUGAGUGAUGGAGAAACUGAUAAGAUGUUACAAGCGAUUUUAGUAUCGAAAUAA